ACAUUGCGGCAUGUUGUUUAAAGCAACGUAAAAACAGCUGAUCGAAUCCUAACCUACAAAUUGUGUCAAACUCAAACGUCACCGCUGGACGCCAUUCCAACUAAAAUCCGUUUGUGUCUUAUUAAAUUUAAAAUUAUUUUAAAUGUCUUUUAUCAGUUUUCUAUGUUUCAAUUUGCGGCAUACAUAGUGAGUUACCUGUUUAAGCGUGCGCCUAAAUCAUUGGAGUAUGUUCAAUAGUAUAUGGCUCAACUUGUACUAUUAUUUGAGACCGAUUUUGAAGUGGCUACUUCGUAAAACAACAAGACUAUGCGAACUUCAGAGGAUAUGCUAUGGUGAAGCGGCUGGUUACUCAAGAUCUUACGGCGUUGAAAGAUCCUUACAGUUGUCUAGGAGUCCAGAAAUUAAAAAAAUGGUGCAGUGUUUAGAUAAACUCAGCGACGAACGAAAGCUAUGCGGCCGCGUUCUGAAGUCAUCUCUCCAGUAUGCGGUAGGAACUGUGCUAACUGUCAAGGAAAUAAAUCCGUACGUUCACAAUCAGUUUGCGCCGUCAUUUGUGAGGUGUUCAGAACAUAUUUGGGGCUACCGGCAACUGGUGAGUGAAAUAGAACAUUUAAGAACUUGUCAAUACGAUGCCACAAACAGUGAUCACGAGAAAAAACUUCUGAAAUUGUGGGAAAAACUGAUGCCAUCUGUGCCGCUAGAAAGCAGGGUGACCAAACAAUGGCAAGACAUUGGCUUUCAGGGCGACGAUCCCAAAACCGAUUUCAGAGGCAUGGGUAUUCUAGGACUAGAAAAUCUUCUAUUUUUCGCCGAGGAAUAUCCCAGUGCUGCAACCUUCGUCCUCUCACAUUCCUUGCACCCGCAAAAAGGGUACGCCUUUGCUAUUGUAGGCAUAAAUCUAACGAGUAUGGCAUACCAUCUACUAAAAGAUGGCACAUUUAAAACGCAUAUCUACAACAUCUCUAAAAGUAUGCCCAGUAUAAGACUUUUCCAUCAGCUGUACUGCUAUCUGUUCUACGAAUUUGAUAAGUUUUGGCUGCAGGCAAAACCGAAAAAUAUCAUGGACUUUGCGCCGAUUCGUAAUCGUUUUGAAGAAAAUAUUAGAUUGAUUCUAUCUCAACCAUCGGCGGCUUUCAGAAUCAACCUAAGUAUUGAUACAAUCUGAACUCAACUGUUUUGUGAUUCCUUUGCUUUUCCACAACUUGGGUGUUUGAAUAGACUUCUUCACAAUUUGUUGUUCUUCGGUUUCCAGAAAAAACUAACUUACUUUCAUUUCAAAUUUUCUAAGCACUGUGGCUUAAAUACUGUUGAGGCUGCUCAAUUUGAAACACUUAAUACCUAUGUUAAAGAACUCACUUAGAGUAGAAUAUAGCUUGAUAUCAAUUUUUGUAAUUUGCUGAACAAGUCUUAAGAUUUAAGACAAUCAAUAAUUUUAAGGAAUAAUGCUCUAGCACAAAAAGUGGUUCUGUAAAAGCCUCAAAACUGAAGAUAAAUUAACAUUUUUUUCCUAAGGCAACAGGAAUAUUUUACUUGAUUAUUGAAGACAAUAUUUUCUACACACAGCUUUAAACAUGGUAUUUUAAGAUAAUAAAUAGUAUAUAAUAUUCAAUUAAUUAAAUACAUAGAAAAUCUAUUUAAUUAAAAAAAUAGAGACAUUGGUAAACCCCCGUUACCAAUAUUAUUCUUGGUGCAAUCAAUUGAAUAUUGCUGCAAUUGUAGUUUUAGUAUAUGUCUGAAUUUAUGAGUGUAUUUUUAAAUUUCCUAAAAUAUUCAAAGGAAUAAAAGAUUUAUAUAUUGAGUAUUAUAUUCGGUUUACCUAGUAUGAUUGUAAAAUAGAACUCAUCACUAAAUUCAUGCUAAACUCUUAUAAUAAAGCCUCAACUAAACCAAUCUUGCCAUAAAUACAGUAUUUUUUAUUAAAAUAAAAAAUUUCCUUAGCUCUAUAGUUAGCACAGAGGUGCCAAUCAAUCUAGUCUAUUAAUCAAUAUAUUCAAUAUUUUGUUAGUUAGUUUCAAUUCAUCCCUUAGUUAUACUUACAGAUUUCCACAAUCUUUCACUUCACCUUUAAAUAUCUUCAACUACUUUACACAAACCCACACUUGGAAUGUGUUAGAUUUUUUAGUCAAUAAUUAAUUUCUAUUUUUAAUAAGAAUAUUACGCUCAAAAAAUUAUGUUCGUUGGUAGAAAUACCUUGUGAUCCUCAACUGGGAGUUGAGUUUGAAAAUGUUAAAAAACAUUGACUUGAUAAGCGUGGGCUACUUCAAGUAAUUCAAGCUUGAAUAAUUUUUUAGCACGGGGUGAAUUAAUGAAUUUAUAAAUUUGAAGAUUUAUCUGCUGUUUUAUGGGUUUCUAGUUUAAGUUUUUUGAAAAAUCAACUAUAAUAAAUUCAAAAGAAUUUUGC